GGGUGCAGGUGGGUUGCAGCAGCCAGAGCGUGCGUAGCCCUCGCCGCGGACGCAUCUAACCAGUUGAUCACGCGUAUGCUGCCCCGCCGUCGCCGUUGACGCGUCGACUUGCACAGCACGCGCGUGCCCGCACCGCCGCCGUUGUUCUGUUGUUGACGACGACGCCGAGCCAUGCCUACCUACUACUUCUUGGUGUUCACCGGCACUUAUACACUGGUGCAGGCGCUGAUUCAAUUCAUUUUUUCACUUAUAGCAAUCGCACAACAUUACUGUGUAAUAAACUUUCUUAGAGGGUAUCCGCUAUUAAUUUACAUCCGGAUGUUAUAUUUUCAUAACCCAAGUAGUUGUGGGACCGAUAUCAACAUCGGGGAAAGCCUGGAGGGCGUAGCCAACGAAGCCUACGUCUACAUAGCCUCCAUGUCUUUCGUCACUACCAGAGCAUUUAUAUUCAGCUGCAUUAGCAUCGGAUUGAGCGUGCUUUGGGCGGCUGGAAGCAUUGUACUAAUCAAAGGAGGAUGGAGAAAGCACCAUUCGAACCACGUACACUGGCCUUGGGUUGCAAUUUCUUUUCUUGUUGGCCUAGAAGACAUAGUCGGCAUAUUAUGCUACAUCAAUGAUUCUUUUCAUACAGAGACGUUGAGGGAUUCAUUAGAAUUCAUAAAUGGAGUAGGCAGCGGUUUCGGCAACAAUAACCCCAGCACAAAAUGGGCGUCGAGGACCAUGGCUCUCCUUCAUGGACGAUUCGGCAUCUGCUUACUCAUCAAUCUAGGGCUCAUUGUUUUUACAAUACUGGAUUGCUCCCGGUACCGGACAUCAGUCACGUCUUCAGUAAGAAGCAUCCUGUAUAUUCACCUAAGCCGAAUUUGUCAUAAUCUCAUAAUGCUCGAGAUAGAGCGAACUGGUAACUUGAACACGAGCCCGGACGCGAGCAGCAAGGCGGAGGAGGGCAGUGACGAGCCCACGUCCAGCGAGCCGAGCGAACCGGCGCCGGUGCCGAAGAUACCGCGCCCUGGCCUCAGUCAGUCUUUCCGCUCUAUGAAAGACAUGCUAUUCCGUAGGUCGGCUUCUAUGAACUCGUUAGACAACAGGAACAAAAACCGUGUGAACUUUAUGGCCGAGGAGUCUGCCUCCGAUCCCAUCCACCCUCCGCGCAGCUUCGAGAACCUGAUCGCGGAGCAGCAGCGGCGCCUGCGCGGGGCCACCGUCGACACCGCCGGCCGCCGCGGCUCUAUGCAAGCCGCGCGCAGUCUUCCGCACCUGAAUACCAUCAAUGUGCAAGAAACGUCACGCGGCGUGCGCAGCGCAGCCGGGCAACUGCCGGGCCAGAUGCCGUGGGCGUACAUCGCGGGAGCCCCGGCCAACCGAAUGAGAGACCAGCUGCCUCCUGACGAGGACCUCCCCCCUGUCCCACUGCCAGACUACACUGCGUUGCAAUCUCACAGAAAAGCAUCCGUGCAUCGGGCAGCAUCGAGUCUAAGUUCAUUGACACAAAAGAAGGACUACACUAACUCCAAAUCCUCUCAUCCGGGGUCAGCACAAGUUGAUGUGUUGUACUAGAGAGGAAAGCAGCUAUCCGAAUCGAAUAUUGAUGGAGAAGUAAAUCUGGGUAGUCUUCAAUCAUCCCCUGAUUCCUCCACCGACGUCGAUAUUACGUGUGUGAC